UAAGAGAGUCGCGCAUGCUCAGAUCAGUAAGAAAGUUAACUCCUGAACUUCGUAGUCAGAAGAAUUUCUGAUUUAUAAAAUAGCAGACAGAGGAAAAGAAAGACAACUUUGAGUUGACAUGGCAUUCCGCCGGAGGAACAAGAGUUACCCUUUCUUCAGCCAGGAGUUCUUAAUUCAGAACCACGCAGACAUCGUCUUCAGUCUGGUGAUUUUCAUUUUGAUUGGAUUGAUGUUUGAGGCAACAGCCAAGACGGCCAUACUGUUCAUUCAGCCUCAGUACAAUGUCACCACACUAUCACCAGAAGGCGAGUUGACGUUUUACCAUUACGGAUGGAAGGAUUCUGCCACCAUCCUCUUCUAUUUCUUCAUCGCCAUCAUCCUCCACGCUGUAGUGCAGGAGUAUCUUCUGGAUAAAGUGAACCGGCGUCUCCACCUCUCCAAGAGCAAGAAUACCAAGUUUAAUGAGUCGGGUCAACUGUGUGUGUUUCACUUGGUGUCGAGUGUGUGGAGUUUUUACAUCCUCAUAACAGAAGGAUAUCUCCUGCAUCCCAGCAGCCUUUGGGAGAAUUAUCCCCAUGUACACCUCAGGUUUCAGGUGAAAUUUUUCUACCUCACUCAGCUGGCCUACUGGCUCCAUGCCUUGCCGGAGCUCUACUUCCAGAAAGUACGCAAGGAGGAGAUUUCUCGUCAGCUCCAGUACAUCUGUCUGUAUCUGCUGCACAUCGCCGCAGCCUAUAUGUUAAAUUUGAGUCGUGUGGGUCUGGUGCUCCUCUUCCUCCAGUAUGUGUCAGAGCUGGGCUUCCACAUCGCCAGAAUGUUUUACUUCACUGAUGAGAACCAUCAGAAAAUGUUUGACCUGUGGGCCAUGAGCUUCGUGUUUACACGGAUGGUCACUUUGACCCUGAUGUUCCUGGCCGUCGGCUUUGGUUUGGCUCGCAGUGAGAACCAGGGGCUGGACUUGGAGAUGGGGAACUUUAACACUGUACUGAUAAGGCUGACUGUUCUACUGCUGGUAUGUUUGACCCAAUCUUGGCUACUCUGGAAGUUUAUCCGCUUCCAGCUGAGGCGCUGGAGGGAGUUCAGACACGAACAGGCUGUUCGCAAGAAGACUGCCGCAAAACAACCCCUGCGGCCACUGAAGAGAGACUCACUUGGUCACCAUGAAAAUGGAGUUCUUAAAGCUGAGAACGGAGCAGCCUCUCCUCGGACCAAAAAACUCAAAUCCCCCUAAGACAACACGCUGACUGGCCUGAACAGUGUUUCUCAUCAGCACAACGGGAAAGCUGGCGGCCAACCGGCCAGCGAGCUUCUCGUUGAGUGUGUCCUGACAUGUUCCAGGGACUCAGUCACUACAGACUUUUAGGCUUGAACGCUGGAAAAAUGAAAUCCAAGGAAAUCCCUCGAGCCCAACAGACAUUUACUCUCCUCAUCAUCAUAUCAGUAUUUUUUUAUACAUCAUCCACGCAGCCUGCUAUCCCACGGAUAAGGAGCACCAUUUGUAUGCAGAGUGAUUCAAAUGUAAAGUGAAACACAGUAUGCGGCGCACGUGCGUGUGUCAAUAUUGAAUGUGUUGAUGCAUAUCCUCAUACGUAAGUACUGUAUUGGCUGUAGUGUUGUCUGAUGUCGCAGCUGUUUUUCAGCUCUCGCCAUUGAGCCGGCUUCGCUUGUUUUCUAGUCUGGUCCAUUGGAGCAGAAACAUGUUACUGAUGAUAUGGUAUGAUAUGAGCUUACUGUAUGCUGGCCUCAACGUUAUCCCUUUACCUUUAUGUCAGGGGAGGGAACAGGGGCUCCUCCCAACGAUCUAUGUCUGUUUAAAAUCCUACAUUCGUCACUGGUCACUUAACAGAUAAGCAUCAAGUAUGUAUGUUGGAUAUUACCGCAUGCCAUUCCAUUUUUUUUUCUUUUAAUUUUUUUGUUAAUUACUUUAUUAAAUAAUGCAAUUUUCUGAAA